AUGCUAAGAUUGACCAUCUCAAUGGCAAAUAUAAGAACGGAAGCGAUAAUCGCGAGCGCCAAGGCAGACCUGGCGGUGGUGCUCACAAAACAGUUCCAGGACGACAUCAACCAGCUCCGCGACGCCCUGGACAGCGCGAACCAGCUGGUGGCACUGCUCAAGACGGAGAACGCGAGCCUCAAGGGGGCGCUCAAGGAAUGCGCCGAGGGCUACGACUUCGACGCCAACAUCCCGCCCAUCACGCGCGCCAGGAAUGGCAGCGCCGGGGUCCCGGAGUCGGAGCGAGCGGGCCUGCAGCGGCCGCCGCCCGAGGGCACCAUCUUCUCCAACGGCGGCGCCUACGGGCAGCAGGCCGGCAAGGGCAACAGGCAGCUCAUGCAGGAGCUCAACCGCUGGACCCAGGCCCACGGCUACAAGGUCAAGAUCUACCGCAGCAAGCUCUCCGGCACCAAGAGGAAGCUCGUCAUCAGCUGCAUCUACGGCGGGAACCCCAAGGACCUCGCCGCCCGGCGCUGCACCGCUGAGGAGGAAGCUGAGAGGGCCAGGGCGAUGGGUUUCCACACCUACGUCCUCCAAGAGGAGCCUGCGCCCGAACCACAGCCCCAACCCGAGCCCCAGCCCGAGCCCCAGCCCGAGGGUGACCCCCAGGUGCCGGCCAAGAAACCGAGGAAGAAGAUGACCCCGCGGCGCAAGGACUGCCCGAUGAGGUUCAUCCUGCAGGAGCUCGUCGCGGGGAGCGGGACCUUUGUCACCAGGCACAGCAACCUACCGUCGAACCAGCGAUGCAACCACGAGCCCGAGGUCAAGUUCGCAGCUGACGGCGCGGCCUCUGCUCAGAGCCCGGGGUCGGGGCCCGGGCCGGAGCAGGAGCCGGAUGCGGACUGGGAGAUGGAAGCGGAAGAGUCUGCGGCCGAGGCGUGA